CGGGCGGGCGGGCGGGCACCGUGUUCGUGUGUGAGCGCGGCGGGAUUGGAUGCAACCGGGCGAGCGGAGAAAGCACCGACGGGUGUGGGGCAAGGUCACGCCCGGCCAGAUUCACUUCCCGCCGCCGCCGCCCCCGAAGCUUUCCAUGGGGCCGGCGACGCGGUUUGAGCGCUCGAACCGAGCCGGCCGCUUCGGGCCCGACCCGAACAUUGCUGACCGGCGCCUCUUACCUCUAGGAUGCGGCGGUUGCUGCUGCUAAGCGAAGCACUGGAGCAGGGACGUGGAAGGCGGCCGUGGGAGAAGGAGCUCCCCGGGCGGUCGGAUUCCCCGGGAGGCAGCAGGAUCCUGACCCUGUUCUACAAUGGAAAAACUGCUUCUAUAUCUGUUCUUCAUUGGCUUAGUGCUGAAGGCCGAGACUUGUCCCAAGCGCUGCGUAUGCCAGAUCUGGUCUCCCAAUCUUGCUACACUUUGUGCAAAGAAAGGGCUAUUGUUUGUCCCACCUGACAUUGAUAGGAAGACAGUAGAAUUGCGACUGGCAGACAACUUUGUUACAAGUAUCAAGCGGAAAGAUUUCGCCAACAUGACCAGCCUGGUGGACCUGACGCUGUCUAGGAAUACAAUUAGUUUCAUCACCCCUCAUGCAUUUGCUGACCUGCGCAACCUGAGGGCUUUGCACUUGAACAGUAACCGAUUGACUAAAAUCACCCAUGAUAUGCUAAGUGGGCUUUCCAAUCUGCAUCAUUUGAUAUUGAACAAUAACCAGCUGACUAUGAUCUCUUCCACCGCUUUUGACGAUGUCUUGGCUCUUGAGGAGCUGGAUUUGUCCUACAACAACCUGGAGACCAUUCCCUGGGAUGCUGUUGAGAAGAUGGUCAGCUUGCACACCCUCAGUUUGGACCACAACAUGAUCAUCAACAUUCCCAAGGGGACCUUCUCCCACCUCCACAAGAUGACCCGGCUGGACGUCACAUCCAACAAACUGCAUAAACUGCCACCUGACCCUCUCUUCCAGCGAGCUCAGGUUUUAGCCACCUCAGGAAUCAUCAGCCCAUCCACAUUUGCACUGAGCUUUGGAGGGAACCCUCUUCAUUGCAAUUGUGAACUCUUGUGGCUGAGACGCCUUUCCAGGGAGGAUGACCUGGAGACGUGUGCUUCACCUUCUGUUCUGUCUGGCCGCUAUUUCUGGUCAGUCCCCGAGGAGGAGUUCCUGUGUGAACCCCCCCUCAUUACUAGGCACACGCAUGAGCUCAGAGUGCUAGAGGGCCAAAGAGCCAUCCUGAGAUGUAAAGCCCGUGGUGAUCCAGAACCUGCUAUACAUUGGAUUUCCCCAGAAGGCAAGCUGAUUUCUAAUGCAACCAGGUCUCUGGUGUACGACAACGGAACUCUUGACAUUCAUAUUACAACCAUGAAGGAUACGGGGUCUUUCACCUGUAUUGCUUCCAACCCAGCGGGGGAAGACACCCAGUCUGUAGAUCUUCACAUAAUCAAACUGCCUCACAUAGUAAACAGCACAAACCACAUCCAUGAGCCAGAUCCUGGCUCCUCGGAUAUAUCAACUUCGACCAAAUCUGGCUCAAAUGCAAGCAGUAGCAACGGGGAAACAAAAGUUAGCCAGGACAAGAAGGUGGUGAUAGCAGAAGCCACAUCAUCCACUGCCCUGCUUAAAUUUAAUUUCCAAAGGAAUAUACCCGGGAUACGUAUGUUCCAAAUUCAGUAUAAUGGAACAUAUGAUGAUUCGCUUGUUUACAGAAUGAUACCUCCCAUGAGCAAGACCUUCCUGGUCAACAACUUGGCCGCGGGGACGAUGUACGACUUGUGUGUCUUAGCAAUCUAUGACGAUGGCAUCACCUCCUUGACAGCCACUCGGGUGGUGGGAUGCACCCAGUUCACGACGGAGCAGGACUACGUGCGCUGCCAUUUCAUGCAGUCCCAGUUCCUGGGAGGGACCAUGAUCAUCAUCAUCGGAGGGAUUAUCGUGGCUUCCGUCCUGGUCUUCAUCAUCAUCCUCAUGAUUCGCUAUAAGGUGUGUAACAACGGCGGGCACCCCAAGGUGACCAAGGUCAGCAACGUUUACUCCCAGACCAACGGGGCUCAGGCCCAGGGGUGCAGUGGAGCCGUCAUGUCCCAGUCUGGGUCCAAGCAGGCCGUGGGGCGUGAGGAGAGCCUGCAGUGCUGCAAAGUCAGCAACGACAAUGUGGCGCAGUCGUCGGAAGCCUGCUGCAGCCAGGACUCCUCCACUGCUACCUCCUCUUUGCCUCCCAUGUGGACUCCUGGCCCUCCCACUUCCCAAAAGCUGAAGCGUAAGCCCAUGCCAAAGCCCAGCAGUGAUCCUCCACCGCCGAGCGAAGGCGCCGUUACCAGCCUAGAAUCCCAGAACACUAAUCGCAACAACUCAACUGCUCUGCAGUUGUCUAGCCAAACCCCAGACUAUGCCAAAGGGGGAUCCCAGUACAAAAGAGCACAAGCCAAGUCAAGUAAGUUCCUCACUUUGCCAGCUGACCCAUCCCGGGCAAAACGCAGGUACUCCCUGAACGGAGAAUUAAUGGAAUACCAUUGUUAUAUUAACUCCUCAAAUGCAGGUGGAUUUUGGUCUAAGCGGAGCUUGUCUAUGAAUGGGAUGCUCAUGCAGACAGACUGUUCCAAUGUGGAUAGUGGCAAAGCAACUUUCUCAAGCUCUGAGUGGAUAUUGGAAAGCACUGUGUGAUCAGCUGUGAUGUGUGGUUUUUUUGUUUUCUAAAUUAAAAAAAAAAAGUACGGAGUACCCCCACCUACCCCCCAUCCUCCAAACAUUGUUGGGAAGCGUCUAUCCAUUCGAGCAGUUUGCAUUUUUCCACCCUUAUUGUUCUUGGGCAGAGUUGGGCUCAAUCCACCAGGCAACUUCCACUUGUUCCCAUUUGGGGUUUCUUUGUUUUUAGUAUAACAACCGAAGGCAAAUGUCACGUUCAAAGAGCUCAUUUAAAAAAAAAAAAAGUGAUCAAGGAAAAAGCACGAAAUGACACUAGUGCCUUCCUUUUUCCUUGGAUUGGCAUCUUGGUUCUCCAAUGGCAGAUCAAGAAUGAAAGCGCAUGGGCGGAAAAAAAGGCCUUGUGUGGAGGCCGUUGGGUCUUUCCUCUACACCAACCAUUUAAUGGAUCAAACAUGAUACAAAAAAAGAAUAUUUUUUAAAGCAAUCCUGAGUGUCUUUUUCUUCCCUCUCUCCUCCCCCGUCCCCUCCCCCACGUGGUAAUGGUGUUGCCUUCAUUUUCAGGCAAAUGCUGUAAAAUCUCAACAACUCUAUGUUGUUAUAUUGUGUAAAAUAAAAUAUUCCAUAACUACACUCA